UCAUCAAAGACAUUUGCCUUUGACCACUGUUUCCUGUCCACGGAUGAAAGGAAUCCCAAAUUUGCAGGUCAAGAGAAAGUGUUCAAGUGUCUUGGGUUGGACAUUCUUGAUAAUGCGUUUGAGGGGUACAACGCCUGUAUCUUUGCCUAUGGACAAACAGGUUCAGGAAAGUCGUAUACCAUGAUGGGAACAGAAGACAAUAAGGGUGUGAUCCCAAGGUUAUGUGACACACUGUUUGAGCGGAUAGCGGAGCACACAUGUGACCAGAGCCUCUCUUUCAAGGUGGAGGUUUCUUACAUGGAGAUAUAUAAUGAAAAAGUUAGAGAUCUCCUGGAUCCCAAGGGGAAGCAAAACUUAAGAGUACGAGAACAUAAAAUCUACGGACCAUAUGUGGACGGUUUAUCAACUUUAGCAGUUUCGUCUUUUGAAAACAUAGAUGCCUUGAUGUCGGAAGGAAAUAAAUCCAGAACGGUAGCUGCAACUAAUAUGAACUCAGAAAGCAGUCGCUCACAUGCUGUCUUCAACAUAACAGUCACACAAACACUGACGGAUAUAGAGUCAGAUGUCUCGGGUGAGAAGGUCAGUAAGAUAAGUCUGGUAGAUCUAGCUGGUAGUGAGCGUGUGCAGAAGACAGGUUCAACCGGAGAUAGAUUACGGGAAGGAAGCAAUAUUAAUAAAUCACUGACGACGUUAGGUCUAGUCAUAUCAGCUCUAGCUGACCAAUCAGCACCCAGUAAAGGAAAGAAGAAGAUCAAUUUUGUGCCUUACAGAGACUCUGUGCUCACUUGGCUUCUCAAGGAGUGUCUAGGAGGGAAUAGCCGGACCGUGAUGGUAGCUACAAUCAGUCCAGCUAGUGAUAAUUAUGAAGAGACAUUAUCUACACUACGCUAUGCUGACAGGGCAAAGAGAAUUGUUAACCAUGCAGUUAUUAAUGAAGAUCCCAAUGCAAGAAUUAUCCGGGAACUGAGAGAAGAAGUCGAUUCAUUGAAAAAGCAAUUGAAAGAAGCAGUGAGCAUGAAAGCUGACACGUUGAAGGAGAGACUGCAAGAGUCUGAGAAACUGAUGCAAGAGAUGACCCUAAGCUGGGAGGACAAGCUGCUCAAGACAGAGGAAGUCCAUAAGGAGAGACAGCAUACAUUAGAGAAGAUGGGCAUCUCCGUCCAGACAUCAGGCAUCAAAGUGGAACGUAACAAGUGUUUCUUGGUUAACCUAAAUGCAGAUCCUUCUCUUAAUGAGCUUCUUGUUUACUACCUUAAGGACCACACGUUAAUAGGAAGGUCAGAUUCAGACAAGAAACAAGACAUACAGCUAAAUGGAUUGGGUAUCAUGCUACAACAUUGUAUCAUUGAUGUAGAGAAUGAAAUGGAUGUGUACUUCACACCAAUCGACGGAGCAAAAUGUUGUGUGAAUGGAUCAUCAAUAACGGAUCGUACAGGACUGAGACACGGAGACAGGAUCUUACUCGGGAACUACCACUUCUUUAGAAUCAAUUGCCCAAGACCUCCUGGAGUUGGAUCCAGCGGAGCAUCUACUCCUGAUAUUGAACCUCAGAAUUCCAACUAUGACUUUGUUUAUGCUCAGAAUGAGGUCAUGAUGAAAGAGAUGACUAAUGAUCCCGUGGAGGCAGCCAUGAAGCUGUUGGAGAACCAGCAUCAGAAGGACAAGAAGGGUGCCCUGGAGAAACAAAGAGAGAAAUAUGAGAGGGAAUUAGAGUGUCUGAGGAAGCAGUUAAUGCCGGCUACAAGACCCAUGGAGAGAACAGACACAGCUUACUACUCAGAUCAGAGCCCUGGUAGUGAAGCCAGUGGUGACUGUGGACAGAAUCUCAAGUACAAGGAAUGGGCUGAAGAGAGGGAUGAGUUAUUCAGACAGAGUCUUGCAAGGUUACGUGAGGAGGUUGUGAAGGCAAAUGCCUUGAUCAGAGAAGCUAACUUCCUUGGAGAGGAGAUGGGCAAGUUGACAGAGUUCAGAGUCACACUGCAAAUCCCAGCUUGUAAUCUCACACCCAACAGAAAACGAGGGGCAAUAGUGAGUGAGCCAGCCAUCCAGGUCAAGAGGAAGGACCGAGGGACUCAGAUCUGGUCAGUGGAGAAACUUGAGAAUAAGAUUAUUGACAUGAGAGAGAUGUACAACGAGCGUAAAGAGAAGGGUCUACCACUUAAAGAUGUUGGACCAACAAGACUUCGCAAGCUCUCCUUUUUUGAGUCUCAGGAUUUCUUGGCAGGGAUUCUGUCUCUACAGGAUUAUUUCUUGCCUAAACCUCGCACCCCUUCUGGAAUGCCAUCGGCAAACAAAUCCAAGGAAUCAACAGAGUCACUACUUGGUGAGGAUCCAUUCUAUGAGUCUCAAGAGAACCAUAGUCUGAUUGGAGUUGCAAAUAUCUUUCUUGAAGUCUUAUUCCAUGAUGUUAGGCUGGACUAUGCUGUUCCUGUCAUCAGUCAACAGGGAGAGGUCUCUGGUAAGCUUCAUAUUGAGAUUCAGCGCAUCAGUGGUUGUAUUCCAGCAUCGGAUCAUUCUUUAGACAGUCAGUCUGAGAGUAGUAAUGAGAGUUCUAGUGGCUAUGAAGGACUGGAAGAUCAUGAACCGGAAGGAGGAUUGGCUGUAGGAGCACCACUCACAUGUAGGGUGAGGAUCAAGGAAGCGACUGACCUGCCUCCAAGCCUAGCUCACUUUGUCUUCUGUCAGUAUACAUUCUGGGGUCUAGAAGGCCCCACAGUGGUACCUCCUUAUAUCAACCCUGAUGUAGAGGAGCUGCCAGGAAGACCUAAGGAUAGUAGCAAAGGGAGCAUGAGGUUCAAUCAUACAAAGGAGUUCACAGUCAACGUGUCUGAAGACUUUAUUGAGCACGCCUUAGAGGGUUCGUUGGCGAUUGAGGUUUGGGGACAUCGUAGUGGAGGCUUCAACACCUCAUCUAAACCUGGCUGGGAAAUUGAUAAUAUCAAUGCAAAAUCAAGAUCCCUUGCAGACAGGUGGGGAGAGCUCAUUAGGAAGAUUGAGAUGUGGGUGGAAAUCCAUGAGCUGAAUGAGCAAGGUGAUUAUGUUGCAGUUGAAUGUCAACAUAAAUCUGAGAUGCUGACAGGAGGGAUCUUUCAGCUCAGGCAGGGUCACUCUAGGAGAAUCAUGAUCAAGGUGAAGCCAGUCCUCAACUCUGGCACCCUUCCCAUUAUCUGUGAAGCCAUUACCUCGGUAUCCGUUGGCAGUAUCUGUGCUCGCUCCAAACUACAGAAGGGAUUAGACAGCUAUCAGGACGAUGAUCUAAGCCGGCUGCGGGGGAGAUGGUCCAAUGCCUUGAAGCGACGACAUGAGUACUUAGAUGAUCAGAUCAAGAAAAUUAUGGAUAAACAAGGCAAAAUCCCUAAAGACUUUGAGCGGGAGGCGAGCCUUAUAAACCAAUGGGUGUCACUGACUGAGGAGAGGAACGCAGUGCUGGUACCAGCACCAGGGAGCGGGAUACCAGGUGCACCAGCUAACUGGAGACCACCUGUUGGCAUGGAAACACAUAUACCUGUAUUAUUCCUGGAUCUUCAAGCUGAUGAUAUGGGAACCUCCGGUGUGAUGGAGGGUUUACAUGCUGCAGGAUAUAACUCCAUCUUACCCAAAGAACAUGGCAAUAAGAUGUUUAAUCUUCCAAUCGUCAAGUACUGUGAGAAAGACGUUUGCGCUGUUGCAUCAUGGGACUCUUCCAUCCACGAUUCCCCACAUUUGAAUCGAGUGACAGGACCCAAUGAGCGCAUCUACCUGAUUGUGAAGUCCCUAGUGCAGCUCAGCCACCCUGCAACAAUGGAGCUGGUCUUAAGAAAGAGAAUCUGUGUUAACAUCUACAAAAAGCAAGGCUUUACCUCUACACUCAAGAAGAAGAUGGGCAGGAUGGAUUCAGUGCAGACGUGUGGCGUUACGUAUGAAAUAGUUUCUAACAUUCCAAAGGCAUCAGAGGACCCUGAGGACCGUGAAUCUCUAGCUUUAAUGGCAGCCUCAGGCACUGAAGAGAACACAACGUCAUCGGAUGGGGAAACCUAUAUUGAGAAAUACACCAGGGGUGUAUCAGCUGUGGAGAGUAUCUUAGCAUUGGAUAGACUACGUCAGGAGGUGGUCAUUAAGGAGAAGCUUGCAUCCAGGGGACGCAAUCUUAGAAAGACAGCCAGCGUUCCUAACAUAUCAGGUGCAAUGUCCCGCUCUAUAGACACCAGUAGGUCCAUGGACGGACUGGAUGAUGACUUCAGGUCAUCCCAAUUUACACAGCUAAACCGCUCAGAGAGUCUUCGUAACAUAAGCCUCCACACUUCACCAGGGUCUGGUGGGUCUUCAAUACAGUACAUGGCCACUAAGCCAGCACGUCCUCGCUCACUGUUCGUGGGGGAUAACAGCAACUACUUCCCCUACCCACCCUAUCAAUCAGACUUCUACAUGUACAACUAUGGUAGCAGCCCUCAACAACUGGGUCUCAGUCCACCACAGAGCUCCACUCUACCCCCUCAAGUCUUUCUGAGUAGCCCAGUAGGGCUUCGUCAGCCAUCUUAUGGCAAGGGGGUCAAGGCAUUACGUCCAGUCCGUGAGGAACAAGUUAGGGAGAUGGACGCUGCAAGCAAAAGAAGGCUCUACCCAGUAGAAGAAGACACCCUUCAUUACCCCGGCAAUCAAAAUUCGUCCAAGUCUUCCUGCAAGCACUCUAAACGUCACUCCAUGCCAAUUCUCCUCCCAAGUCGAGACCCUUCGUAUGUCGCUGAAGGUAUCUUCAGAAUGUCCUUUGAAGAGCCCACUCAGAUCUUGAACCCCAAUAAUUUUACUAUAGGGGAUGAGCCUGUUAGAAUCAGCAAUCAGACUUCACAGAGUCAAAAUGGCUCAUCAGAUGGCUGUAGCACUUUGGAUGGAUCAUGUAGAGAGCACAAUCCAUUCUAUCAAACUUCCACUCCCACAAAAAUAAUAAGGAAGGCAGAUAUAUUUUCACCAAGAAGUCAAGAAGCUACUUUUCUAAUGGACUUUGAAAGUUAUGGAAAUCGUGUCGGUUCACCAUCCAGUAAGAAAUCGUCUGAAAACUCUGAUGUUAUUCCUUUUGUAACCGUCGCUGAAGGAAGUUGUUCGUUUAGUUCCAAUUCUGUGUUUGAUCCUCUUGGAGUUGUUCGUUUGGAUUCUUUGGAGGAUCAUCCGACCCCUCGCAGAAGAAUCUCAUCUUCAUCCUCAUCAGGAGACCCUUCAUCUUCUAAGACAAUUGUGCAAGUUCAGCAUCAAGACACCCAAGAUGACUUAACAGACAACUCAGUGUUUGUAAAUCUGGACCAUAAUGGCACUGCACGGCUAAGAAUUCAAAGGAAACCUAAAGAUGGCCACGCUACUGAUUCUUCAAAUCAUAAGAAACCACUUUAUGCCUCCACAAAGCAUGCAUCAGGAGCCUUUAUCACCAAAGAAUCUGCAGUGGAAUUGAAUUUAGAAAGUUCUGUCUGUAAGCGAAGGACUGUGUCCGAGGAUUUAGAGAUGUCUUUAAUCGUCCCCCAGAAGUUAGAACUUCAUAAGUCUUUGCCGAACAUGUUCCAGUGUAGCACUGAUUAUGUUGAGGGUGAAGACGUUUUUGAAGAACUUGGAGCUCCCUCACACAGACAAAAUGAUGCUCUAAGAAACAAAGGAAUUGUUUCUCAGGUCGCUCAAUCUACCAGGAGCUCAGACAGAUCUCUCCUGUACAAUGGAAAACAUAAUAUGGAUCAUGACAAUGAUAACAUGUCAGGUCACCAUACUACCAACAUUAAAAUUGCAGAUCAAUCCUCGGUACUUUCCAAAUCUUCAGAAGAACUUUCCAGCGUUAAGCCAGUCAGUAGUUCUAGUGGCAACCAUACGUUUCCAAAACAGAAGUCCAGAUAUCGCUGCCAUUUGACAUCACCAAAGACUUGCUUAAUGCACCCAUUGCUGUCCCCUAUGGAUCAUAACCACCAGGCUUCUGUAGUUACAAACAAUCCUGCAAAUCAAGAUAAAGCCUCAAACCUCAUCACAGACAACAAUGUGGACAAUCACUUCAAUAAUCUACUUCCAAAAAUAGCUGCAAGCACCAGACCUAUUCUUAAUGAUGUGCCAAGUAAGUGUAAAACACUUAAUUAUUCAGACUCCAUUCCUUGCAGAAAUUCCCUUUGUAGCAGUUCAGAAAUGUCACUUGAAGACACUGACAACAAUAAUGGGUCUGAGGCCUGGAAGACAUCAAGGUCCCCCCAAGAUACUUGGAAGACAUCAAGGUCCCCCCAAGAUGCUUGUAUUCCUAACUCAUCUCCACUUCUACUGGACAUGAGCCGUGAUGAGGAUGCACUGUCUCAUCUGUCUUUAACAGACAGUGAUUGUGGAGGCACAGCUACCUCCGUCAGUGAUUUUGAUGACAGUGUUAGCUUUGGUUCCUAUGACAGUCGCCAUGAUGGAUCUUAUAAGAGCACUGGUAGCGAGACGCCAUCAUGGCUCAGCGUUGGACAACAGGUUCAGGUUGGAAAUGCAAGGUUCGGAGUGGUCAAGUUUGUUGGAAACACAACGUUCCGGCCAGGUGUUUGGGUUGGAGUUGCUUUAAACACUGCCAGUGGUAAACACAAUGGCUGCGUUCAAGGUGUGCGCUAUUUUAGCUGUAAACCCAAGCAUGGUAUAUUCGUAAGACCUGAUCGUCUGUGUCCAACCACGGUAGAUUGUUCAUCUCCAGUCAUCACAGAAGCGCCCUCUAGUGAUGAGCGCCAGCAUACCAAACGCAAGUCUAGUGUAAGACGGGAAGGUAAGAGUGUUGUGGGUUCAGGUGAUGCAAAGCGACUUGGAAGCCGGAAGGCUGUCAACCAGAAUCAAGGCACAAAAAGAUGAAGACAAGGAGACUAGAGCUGUCUGUCUUGAAGUUAUUGAUAAGAAGAUCACCCCAAACUGUUUUUUUUUUAAACACUUGAUAACAAGAAACUAAAAUAUAAAAUAGGUUCAAAACUGGUUCAAAACUUGUUGGUUAUCUCCACUUUUAUCAUUUAAAUGGAAGGUACACGUUUGGUAAUUACUCAAAAUAAAUAUUAACUUAAAAACUGACUUGGUAACGAGCA